AUGGAAGACCUUCGUGGCCAACCGUCUCCCGAGCCCGAGACGAAUGGCCGGGGGAGCCAGGAUGGGACGGACGCGGAGCAUGCAAGGCCAAGGAAGAGGACGCGGGUCGCAUGCGACAAGUGCAGUACGUCUCGGACCCGCUGCGACGGCCAGUAUCCGUGUCGACGUUGUCAAGGCAAGCCUGUUGCACUAGCCAGGAGAGUAAAACCCGAGGCAUCUUCGGCUAACCCCUGUCCCAUCACAGACUACGGUUACUCCUGUAACUAUGACCGACAAAUCAAGAAACGCGGUCGCGUCCCCCGCAACGAAACAGCACCCAGGAGUCAUUCCAACUGCGAAUCGUCCGCUAAUGAGACCUCGUACCCGGAUCAGCAUCAAGCGAGCUCGCCUGCUGCCGAAUCGGAGCCUCCGUCGGCCUCCUUCGACCAGCGGCGACAGGUGGCCGAGCCGCAGCAGAAUCUUGCCGUUCCAGAGACGCACGCUCAUGUUGAGUUGGACACGGCCAAUGGGGGCUACUUGCCUCAACAAGCCAUCUCCCCGCCAUACGCCAUGUAUGCCACCGAAGGCUACGCGGCUGGUCUGAGACACACAAAUCAUCCGAGGCUGGGUGACGCUGUUGUGUCGGAGCCCAGCGACGGCCACCCGUCCCCUGCAAACCUCAAUCCAUUGCACGAUGCACACGCCUCGACAAAGCCGCAUCCGCAACAGCAGCGCGCAAGGGCGUCAUUCAGCACAAUCGUUAGGCCGCACGGAUUCGGACCCUUCAGCCCGAUACCGUCGGACGGCUCUCAGGGCGGUGGCCAGCAAAGAGGCUCACAGUAUGGUGUCUCGACUGCCGACUGUCGCUACCGCUGUCUCGACCCUCUCCUCCCCUAUCUUGGCGAUGUCUUGCCUGCGUCUGUGGCUUGUGAUCUCUUUGAUGUCUAUCUCGUGGAUCCCGGAAGCUCGUUGUUUCGCUGCGCCUCGCCAUACAUCCUGACGCGAAUAUUCCGGAAGAAAUCGCUGCUUCAUCCAACAAAUCCGCGACCCAUGUCGCCGGCGCUUCUGGCUACCAUUCUUUGGUGCUGUGCCCAGACUGCCGACAUAUCUCUGCUUCUUGUUCCGGGAUCGAGAUCACGAGUCACAAACGCGCUCUACGAGCUCGCCACAUUUCUCAUCACGGACCGAGACCCCGACAGAUGGCGAAGAAUACACGGGGGACUACGCAUUGAGAAUGAACAGGUACCCGAGCAGUACCCCUACAACUCCAAUCUCCCAAGCACCACGGAGAGCAAUGAGCCAGCCGGUGCCAUUGAUGAUGUGCUCACGUUCAUCCUCCUCUGCAUUGGAGUGUCCGGAGGCGACUUCAAGUCGGAUUGUCUCAAGUGGUGGAGCAAAGCAGCCAGGCUUGCGCUGUCACUGCGUUUGAAUCGACUGGACGAGGACUCAUCAUUGUCCGGACUGACCUCUCCCCCACGAAAGCACAAGGGCCAGCUGCUUCUGGCUGCACUUGAGGCCGAGGAAGAGAAGAGGCGAGUCUUUUGGUUGCUUUAUUCGCUCGACCGACAUCUUGCGCUGUCGUUCAAUCGAGUCCUCCAAAUUCCGGAUUCGAGCUGUGAAGUUUAUGCCCCAUUGGCGGAGAACAUGUGGGAGACGCUAGACGAAGUGCUCCUCCUCGGACCGCCAGCCAGGACGAUAGGUCCCCUCAGCACGAUAUCUGGUUCCAGUUUCUUCGAAUACUUCCUCCCGCUGAUGGUCAUCCUCGGCGACAUCAUCGAAGUUCACCAUAGCAAGCACCAUCCUCGCCUUGGGAGCCUGGACAACAGCCUCGCCGUCUCUGUUAUUGGCAAUAUGAUAAGCGAGUGCGAGGAGAGCCUUGCCAGGCUUGCGCACGAGGCCGAUGUGCGACACUCAGCAUACGGAAACUCUGACACCCCAAUGCUCAUCAGCAAUCUGGUGACCGGCCUGCCCGACAACAGUCAUCCAGCACCACCACCACCAAGUCGGAGUCACGACACGCACGAUGAUCGAUCCGAUGUGCGUCUUGUGGUCGCAUACAGUACACACAUUCUCCAUGUCAUGCACGUCUUGUUGCACGGCAAGUGGGACGCCAUCAGCAUGCUGGACAAUGAGGAUGACUGGAUCACCACACCGCGCUUUGCCGAGUGCGCGUCGCACGCCAUUGCCGCUUCCGAGGCCGUGUCCGAUAUUCUCAAGUUUGAUCCAGAACUGACUUUUAUGCCAUACCUCUUCGGUAUAUACCUGCUGCACGGCAGCUUCAUCCUGUUGCUCUUUGCCGACCGGAUGCCUCAGCUCGGACCCAAUCAGAGCGUCGAGCAGGCGUGCGAGACCAUCAUCAGAGCCCACGAGGUCUGCGUUGUAACCUUGAGCACAGAGUUUCAGCGGAAUUUCCGACGAGUGGUACGGUCCACGUUGUAUAGUGUACGAGGCUCCAGUCCCAAAGGCUGGGAGGAGCACAAGCUGGCGCGGAGGAGAGUACUCUCACUGUACAGAUGGACCAAAGGAGCCAAGGGACUGGGAAUUUGA